AGCAAAAAUGACUGGUAAAAAAAAUUGGGGCUGUUUGCUUCGUUGGUUGGGUUCUGAAGUUACUUGAGAUAGACUUUCGAAAGGGAAGAUAAAACGAAAGCUAGAUCGAGCUCUCGUGGUUGUUGUUAACACAGUAUCAUAUUCAUAAAUGUACGCAUAACAUCCGACGAAGAGUGACUGGGUGGUAACUAAAGCUGAUUCCUAAAUUCAUAAAUACACCGAAGUAGACGGACUGUCUGGCCGUUGUGUCGGUGCAUCCUCACUUUCUCUCCCUCUCUUUCUCUGUCAUUGUUUCUCUUUCUAACUCUCAUAUAUAUGUGUGAGUGUCUGUAUAAUAUGUGCUGUUUGGUAGGAAAAAGAAUAACAGCUAGGCUCAGGAGGCGGACAAUAUUUAAAGUUGUAGUGUAAUACCGCAGUUAACGGGAAGAAAGAGCUACUGUUCGAUUCCUAAUGAAGUAGACGACCUAACAGUGGUUUCGUGCUUACCUGCUGGUAAGCAGUUACGAUGCCAUUACCAACGGAAACUAACGACCAUUUUGAUUUUGACAAGGAACUGACAAGUUGCCUUGUUCCCGUUGGCUGUCGCGCUACUCUUGGUAAUGAAGGUUUUUACGUUCAAAGCUUCGCAUCAUUGGGGAGCUUGCCAACGGUGAAACGGUGAGAAUUGCUUCUCUUCCUACCACUGCUAUGCCACUGUGCUAAAGUAUUGAAGACAUGACUACUACGGAAAGGACAAAACGCAUUCGAGAUGGAUCUGGCGGAAUAGGGCAAUAUAGUCUAGCCAAUCCAACGGUCCUAAAGGUUACCUCUUUAGUUCUUUCAUUGUACCAAUUGAAUAUACAAGACGGGCGAUUUACGCUAGUGACAUCGCUGUUGAUCAACUUCCUUGUCAGGAUAACCCGACGUCCUCGUAGUUGACUAGCUCGAAAGCACCGAGUAGUGCCGUGUGCUUCAGCUGCUGCUACCAACGUGCCUCAUUUGUAGUCAACGGGACAGACUACAGCCAUUUGUUUUGAUCUACACAGCCCAGUGAUGUCGAAGUUCUACCUUCGAUUCAGUCUACAAUUGUAGUAAGAUUUGGAAAAAUGGUUUCAUAACCUGAUGUGACAGGCAGUAUUGCGAGCUCUAUUCAAACAGCGUUCCCAGCGCUAUCAGAUGUAACAGUAUCGCAAGCAACCAGCUGAAAAAGACCGCUUCAAUCGAACCGAACAACUGACCUGUCGUUGCGUUGUAGUUGAGACAAAUCGGCGCUCAUCGUUCGAUGCCUUGGCAUUGUUCAGUCACGACAAUAGACAUAGCUCCUAUCGCCUUUCUAUGUAUGGGUCGGUGUUAAUAAGUUGGCGACAAUGAUUAAGAACGACACUUAGUUAUCAGCAGUAUUGACUUUUUUGUCAUUCGUGUUUGUUUGCUGCUUCAAGCCGUCUCAUCUUGUCUGGUAAGCAAAUCGAUAAGUUUUCCAGCGCUGCUGCCGACGCCAUCGCUGGCUGGAUCGCCGACUGGUUCUUUGGUGGUUUGCUCAAUAUGUAUGUCGAGUGGCGUUUGCUAUGGACUCGAAUGCGAUAGGAACUCCAGUAGUCAGCAUGCCAAUGCAGCAACAGUAUUUUUUAAUCCCAGUAAUUUUGUUUUUAACGUUUUUGGAAGAGCGCAGGAAUUGCAUGUGUGUAGUAUAGUCAGCAGAUACUUUGCUGAGCAUGAGUACGCAAUGAUAGAUGUGUCUGUGGGUUUGUCGGUGCCUAUGCGUAGAUUUGUGCGUAAAUCGAAACUGACUAUGACAACGGCUCGUUCUACCAUUGAUUGUCUAUCUGAAAAGGUUUGACACUGCUUGCCAGUGCAACUGAAAAUAUUGUAAAAUAGCUAUCUACGGCGAACUAACGGUUGCCAUAAAAGUCAAUGUAGUCGAGAUCAAGAAAGGCCAAGAGCUCUAUGAACGAUACGAAAAAAGUGCACGAAUAAGGAGCUACUCUAGUUUUACCGAUUUACUUAAUGGGAGAUUACUUUGUAGUGGUUUCAACUGCUGAGAUCCUCUUUCGAAGAAAGUAAAACGGUAUGAAAGUCGGCAGUAAACUUUAUUGAAGGCAACAAACGUUCGUGGGAAACAGACCGUGUUGUCAUCUCAUAGGCAAAUCUUCCUUUGGCAAGCCACAUCGUUUUAGAGGACAAAAUUGUCUGGGCCGUAGGACACGAUGCGGAUCGCGGUGGUUGGUUGUGGCCAUGGGGAACUCGAAAAGAUGUAUGGUGUUCUGGGACGCCUGGAGGCCACAGGAGGUUUCCAAAUAGACGCGCUUCUCAUUUGCGGAGAUUUCCAAGCUGUCCGCAAUCAGCAGGAUCUACUUUCGAUGGCAGUACCAGAAAAAUUUCGACAAAUGUGUGAUUUCCACAAAUAUUAUAGCGGAGAGCUGAAGGCGCCUAUUCUCACGAUUUUGGUCGGAGGCAACCAUGAAGCUUCCGCGUAUAUGGAUGAGCUUCGGUAUGGCGGAUGGUUGGCGCCCAAUAUCUAUUACCUAGGUACAGCGGGCUGUGUUCGAGUUGGCGACCUUCGCCUUGCAGGACUAUCUGGGAUAUACAAAGGGCACGAUUACUUGAAGGGUCGCUUCGAAAAAGCCCCCUACGAUAAGCAGACGAUCCGCUCGACGUAUCAUAUUCGUGCGUUGGACGUGUGCCGUCUGAUGGCUUUAAAAAAUGUGGACGUUGUCAUGUCACACGAUUGGCCUCAAGGAAUCUGCGAGUUUGGUGAUGAAGAAUGGUUGAGGCGUAAGAAACCAUUCUUUGUUGGGGAUUUGGACUCUGGUCGACUAGGCUCUCCACCGACACGAGAGGUACUGGAUGCCAUUCGACCUCGUUACUGGUUUGCGGCACACUUGCAUGUCAAGUUCGCAGCGUUAGUACCCCACGCCGACGGCUCUGAGACCCGCUUCUUGGCCCUCGACAAAUGCUUACCUAACAGAGAUUUUCUUCAGGUACUCGAAUUAGCCGGCGAAGCAGGGCCACUGCGCUACGACGCUCAAUGGUUAUGUAUCCUUCGAAAAACUCGACACCAAGAGAGCAAUUCUCAAGUGAAUUCCUAUGAGUUACCUACGGAGGGUCAACUUUUGGUGUCGGAAAACGAGAUUGAUGCCCUGCUUGAAGAAUGGGAGUCAGAUUUACGGGUACCAGAAAACUUCGAGCAGACAGCUCCUCCAUUCCAAACCAAUGCACCCCACGGACCAGUUAUUAUGUAUGAAAAUCCUCAAACAAUCGCUUUUCUAAAAAAGCUCAAUUCUACUGAGACUUGUGGGCCGCGCAGUAUUAUCGAGAUUGAGGAUUUUGUUGGAAAGCCUUCGGAAAUCUGUCCUGAAACUGAAGGCUCUGUGGAUGACGCUCAACAGCUUCCCGUAGCAAUGGAGCCUCCCUCAAGUGGGAGAGACACGAGGCUUUUCGCAGAACAGACGCCCCGAGGAAAGAUGAUUAAACGACGAAACGCCAGUAUGUAUAACAACGACUAACUGUGCUACCACGCGGGCUGCAUUCAAAGAGCUGUAGUUUAUGUACAUUUCAGACACGACAUAUUUUGUCGAAAAAGUGUUCGGUUGUAGAUUUUUUGUUUUUCAUUUCCUUCAUCAUCGUAUGAGCAUUUAAUAAAAACUAUAUAUUAUAGUGUAUAGUAAAAUGGAACGUAGAUAAUACCAAAACAACAUGUCCUAAGCUCAUUAUAAAGGUAAAGACGAGAUGAGAAGUGAAACCGUGUAUUGCAGAAAAAGCUACGUGCUCGCAAGGUGUUAUUUAAAUAAAUUAAAGAUAUUAGCCGAUUAUACUGUAGUGAUUUACCAGAAGAUCAUUAUUGAAUACUUAGUUGUGUGGCGUUUCAUACGUGGAGUAAGAAGGAAGAGAAAAAACGAGCAAAAAUGUAAAAUUAAUUUUAUGGAAGGAUUGCUGAGCUCAACAAAGUUCUUAUAGGAACUAAAGCAGUUUAUUUUCGUGACAUGAAACAAGGUCGUGCUAUUACGAAUCAGUUAACUUGAAAUCAAGAAGAAGCUCAUAAGCUCGAUGUCAAUAAGGAAAAAGUCAUUAAAAAUGCUGCAAGAUGUGUUAGCCCUUUUUCCUGAAGACGUGUAGCUUUCGUUUUUUGCACGAGUUCCAUCUAGCAUUAUUUACGUAAUGAAAAAGACACGAGUACUCAGAUAGUGGAAAACUUUUCAUCUUUAUUUUUCAUAAUAUUCCCCUUACCAACCAUUUAUUCAUCGCUUCCUACGAGAAAACCACGUACUUAUCGUGAAUUAUCAUCAUCAUCAUCACCUAAACCUACUAUUAUUAAUUCCACAGUCUUCUUUAGCAGUCUCUAGUCUUUCCCUUUAUGCGGCGUCCUCAUAGACUCAUGCGUCCACUCAUCUCUGAUUCAAUUGUACAAAUACUCUAUUAAUAAAAUAUAUACACGAAAGCGCGGGAGGCUCGCGGAAAGU